AUGACCGCCGCCGCCGCCGCCGCGCUCCGAGGGGCCGGGAUCGGGGGGCCGGGACCGGGGGCGCCGCCGGGAGCACAGCAGCCGCGCGGGGGACGCUCGGCGACAGCGCGGAGGGCCCGCCCCGUCCCGGAGGAGCCGUCCGUCCGCCCCGCCGCGCGGACCCCGGGGCGCAUCCCCCGCGCGGCCUGUGCGCCCUCGGCCGGGAGCCCCCGGGAACCCGCCGCCGCGGCGGAGGGUCGGGAAUGGCCCCGGGAGGCUGGAAGGGACCGCGGAGCCGGACCCGCAGGGCCGCAGGGCCAGGCCCGGAGCCGAGCGAACCGGCAGUGCGAAGCCCCUGGGCACAGCAGUCCCUCUUGCCAGCCCAUUCCCUUACCCUUCUCAAUGUUGCCAAACCCCCGGGAGUGGAUCCUACACACUGAAACUCCAGUCAGAUUCCACACCCUGAGCCCAGGCCGGACUGACACCCCCAGGGAAGGAGACUCAGAUAAGACUUAAAGCCCUUUGUCUUUACUCCAAGAGAAGUUUUGGGUUGUCUUCUAUUUGGAGAAUAGGAUCAUGCAGCCACAAAAUAAGAGGGAUCCGAAGGAGGGAGCUGGCCCACUGACCGCGGCCAGGGCUUACUGGAGAUGGGUUUGUUGAUAAGCUCCUCAAGAAAGGCAAAAAAGCUAAUGACACUUCGCUCGUUUGCCACAGCGUCUCUCAGCAGCAAGGACCCCCAAGUGCAUUGAAUUAAUUCUACUGCAGAAGAGAAGCGCUGUGCUGUUCCCAGCGUCCAAGUGGCAUAAAGGAGGUUCUGUCGCUUUAAAAAAAAAAAAAAAUUGCUUCUGUUGACACUGGCUGAGAAGUAUUUGUGGGAAUAGUAGCUAAGUCCAUGUACACCUCAAAACGUGACAUGGACACUUCCCUGUUGUCAUCAAGAGAGCCCAGAAGCCCAACUGAGAGACGGAGAAAGAAAAACGAACAGAUAGGAGACUGCAGCGAAGCACAUAGGGAGAUGGUCUGAAAAUGAAAACGGGCAAGAUCCGCGUGCGAAAGCCAGCGUGGUGUUGGAGCGUUGGCAGGGAAUCCUAGGCCCUUAUUAAUGGAAACAGUCAGGAUAGUGUAGUUAAGGCUCAUGGG